AUGGACGUCAGUAACGACGACGACAACAACAACACCUUAUUCGAUACUGGCGAUUCACUUGGCAAAGCUCUUGCCCUCAUUGAGCAGAUCCGAAAGUCCCCUCAAGCUCGCGCAUUUUUCUGUAAGGCUUGCAAAGAGGAAAACAUACCUGAACUUGAGUUGUUGCAAUGGAUCCGGACUCGCUGGGCGUCGCUAUAUAAAUGCCUGGACCGCAUGUUGCUCUUGCGUCAAGCCAUAAACCGUUUCACCAACCUUGCCGAAUGA